AUGUCUUCGUCGGAUAGUUACUAUAUAAAAGUAUUGAAUAAUGCUAUUGUUUAUAUUUAUCGAUAUGGAAAUCCUAUAAUUUAUAUCUUGGGUAAUGUUGGAAAUUUAUUAAGUGCUUCUGUUUUUAUGAGAAAGGCGUGGAACAAGAAUGUUUGUGUAUUCUAUUUUCUUGUUUCUCUCGUCCUCAGUUCAAUGUAUUUGAAUUCGACUAUUCUUGGAACUGCAUUGAUCAAUGGCUUUAAUAUCAAUGUACAAAAUUCAAGUGUAAUAUUAUGUAAAUUAUUUUUCUAUGUUGCAUUGCUCUCUUCUACUCUUUUACCUACUGUUCUUAUUCUUGCAUCGAUUGAUCGUUUAUUAAUCUCUUCUCAAAAUGUUGAAACACGUUUAUAUAGUUCAAAACGUUUAGCUUAUUUUUCUAUUAGUGUAAGUACAUUUUUCUGGAUUAUUUUCCAUAUUCAUAUACUUAUUAAAGUUAAUCUACAAGAAAUUUUUUCUUCGCAAUAUUUUUGUGACUAUGAUCAAUCAAGUUUUUAUGUUGAUUCUAUUAGUUAUUUUUUAAUAAGUUUUAAUACACUUGUUUGUUGGACGAUGAUUAUUCUAUCGAUUAUUGUAUUCAAAAAUAUUCGUCAUAUUCGAAUAUUUCCUCGUCAUCAACGAAAUCAAAUUCGAUCAAUGACAAAAAAAGAUUUUCAAUUACUUCGUUGUCUAUUCGUCCAAGAUAUUAUUUAUAUUACUGUUAGUAUUUUUUCAAGUGUAUUUUCGAUCUAUAUAGCAGCAACUAGAAAUCAGAUACUAACACCUUUACAACAAGCAAUUAAUGAUUUUCUAGAUAAUUUCUUUGCUUUUCUUUAUUUUAUGUUUUAUUGUGUUAAUUUUUUCAUAUUUGUUAUUAUUUCAAAAGUUUUUCGACAUGAACUUAAACGAAUGAUCUACAAAAUAUUUGGUAAAAAUCUAAGAGCAAUACGAGAAGAAGACAACAGACAAGAAACUUUGAACGAAGACAAUGCACAACGAAAUAUUGUUGUUGUUAAUAGUAUUUCUAAUACAAACAUAAUUAAUCAAUAA